AUGUCCCUUCGAUGGCUCCUGCUCCUCUUCUUCUUCGCUUCCUUGGCCUUCGUUUCAGCCUAUCGCCUUCCGAUGAUCAACUUCCACGAGCAGCUGAGAAAUCUGCAAAAGAGCUUUCCAAGUACCUAAAAAUCGAUAUAAAACGAGCAAAAUGGUCAAAUUUCCAGGUUAUCAGUUCCCGGUCGAGGCUCGGGCGCCACGCAAAGUAUUCUACGUCGGUGGGCUCGACGGAAUCAAUGAGGAUCGAUGA